UUUCCCCCUCACCAUAUUAUCCUCGCCCCCUUAGCCAUUAAGCCAAUACCUACCAAACAAAAAAGCUAAAAAAAGCAGCAAGUUCUUUGAUCAUCAACGCAUAAGGUUUUCUGUCUUUGUUUUUGAAUCGAUCAUGACAGGCAAGGCCAAGCCCAAGAAGCACACAGCCAAGGAAAUCGCAGCCAAGGCUGAUGCCGCCACAACCAACCGAGGUGGCGGCAAGGCCGGAUUAGCUGACCGUUCUGGGGUGGAGAAGGGUGGACAUGCCAAAUUCGAGUGUCCCCAUUGCAAAGUAACAGCCCCAGAUCUGAAGACGAUGCAGAUUCAUCAUGAUUCCAAGCAUCCUAAGAUUCCCUUUGAGGAGUCAAAGCUUGUGAACCUUCAUGCUACUCAUGUUGCUGAUACUUCCAAGCCUCGUCCUGGUGUUAGGGGUAGCUUGAAAAAGUGAAAUUUACUAAUAAAAUCAACUGUUUCUUUAAGAUUUGGUGCUUUUGAGUUGUUUUUUAAUUUGGGUCUGGUUUCUUUACUAGUUUGGGU